AUGGCUCAAAAAUGUGUUCACAAAGGCUGCGGCAAGGUGUACACCGACCCUCAUGAGGUCUGUACUUACCAUCCCGGUCCGCCAGUCUUCCACGAGGGGCAGAAAGGAUGGAAGUGCUGCAAGCCCCGCGUCUUGACCUUCGACGAAUUUCUAGCAAUUCCCCCCUGCACCGAAGGGAAGCACAGCACAACCGACCUUCCGCCUGAUAUUGAGAAGAAGACUGGAGACUCGGCUGCCGCGGAAUCGACCUCGCUCUCUGCGAAAUUGGCUGAGAUCCCAGCCGACCUACCCUCACGCGCUCCCCUUGCGCCACAACCCGCACCCACCGCACCACCUCCUCCGCCUGAGUCGGAAGACGAUGAGCCGUCCCUGGAGAUCCCAGACGGCAAGACUUGCAGGAGGAAAGGAUGCAAUGCGACCUACAAGAAGGGGCAAGCUCGGUCGGAUCAAGAGAACUGCGUGCAUCAUUCUGGAGCACCAGUCUUUCACGAGGGCAGCAAAGGAUACACGUGCUGCAAGCGCCGCGUCCUCGAGUUCGACGAGUUCAUGAGGAUCGAAGGCUGCAAAACGUCGCCGAGACAUCUUUUUAUUGGCUCGGGAGAGGACAAGAAGAAGAAGAACAAGGACGCUAACACAGAGGAGCUGCUCGACACUGUACGGAACGAUUUCUACCAAACCCCUAGCACCGUGAUAGCGUCCUUCUUUCUCAAGAAGAUCGACAGCUCCAAGGCGACGGUCAAGUUUGAGAGCCAAACUCUGAUUCUGGACUUACCCACCACCGAUGCAACGCCCAAGAGAUACAAGACUGAUGUUCCGCUUUACGGCAAGAUUGACGCAGGAAAAAGCACCUUCAAGAUCUUUGGCACGAAGCUCGAGGUCAACCUCUUCAAGGCCGAUGGUGCCAGCUGGCCGGUAUUACGCAGUGAUGACCGUCUGACGGGCUCGAUCCUGCAAGUUGGUCGGGCUGGAAAAGUCUAG